AUGAGACAAAAGUUUGGAAUUUCUAUUGCAAUACUGGUUUUUAUUUGUAGCUUUAAUGCCAAAGUUGUUUGGUCACAAUUCUCAUUUGGAAAUAGAGGUGGAUUUGCCAAUUCUUAUAGCUCUUCCCCACUUGGAACUUCAUUGAAUUUUCCAUCGUCAAAAGAUUGGCAUCACUUUGGAGGCUCUAGCAUAUCUUUUGCAAACAGUGAUCCAUUCAAUGAUUGGCCUAACACAAACUUUCCCAGGCCUUCUGCUGGUUUAAAUAGAAAUACAGGCAGCAUUAGCUAUGCACCAACACAUACUAAAGAUGACUUCCAUUCAAUGUUUCCUAAUCUUGAUGAACAAAGUUUUAGUUUUGAUGGAAUAAAUAAAAUUCGUUCAGGAUAUGGACUUCCUCCGUUGACGACAACAACCACAACAUCCAGGGCUACUAAACCUACAAAACAUACAACCACAACAUCCAGUGCAACUGAACCUACAACACAAACAACAACAACAUCAGUUCCUCAAUAUGAACGCUUUCAUAAUUAUGGAAAUACUUUUGGAAGGAACUGGCUCUUAAAAAGCACUUAUAUAGCCAGAAAUAAUUAUUAUGAAAGUGAAGCACCAAUCGGACCAGGUCCUUUGACUAAAGCUUUAUUCUCUAGUGGUGCUUUAUGGGGGUACGAUGAUAAUUCAAAUUUUAACGAUAAAAUAAGAUGGAAUAAAAAUGACGAUAAGGAAUGGAGGGCCACAACAAAAGCUCCAUACUUUGAAAAUGAAGUUCCUGUUGAGAAUAAAAUUCUUCCAGCUAGUGCUGUUAUUGGAGCGGCAACAGCAUUCGGAUUAGUUUCCCUACUUUCACUGAGAGUUCCUACAAGUAAGCCUCUCAUGUAUUGCGGCAAUACAAACUUAAAGCAAUUGCCAAUCCAAAUUUUUGAUGAAAUUUACAUCUGCAAAAAUGACAAAUUUGAAAUUUCAUGCGAAGAAAAUUACAGAAAUCAAUCGAAUUUCAACUGCCCUAUUCAGGAAAUGAAGUGUGAUAUCAUGGACGAGGAUAUUAAAGGAAACAUUUACUGCAAGGAUGGAGCUUUGUUUAGUAAAUUGGACAUCUUCUGCGAUAGAACAAUAUCUAUAAAUGAAACAGAUAAAGCUAUAACAUUCUUAGACUGUCACGAAGGUUCAUUUCCUAAACAUUUAGCAUCAUUCAUUCCGACCACUACUCCAAGGUCAACUACCACACAUGCACCAAAACCUUUAUCGAUUGGUGCAAAAGCUCACAUUUUUCUUCUCAAGCUAAUGGGAAAAUUUGAAGUUGUCGAAAAAAAGACUCCAACAACAACAGAAACAUAUCCAUUUCUAAAUUUUGAUGCGUGGCAUCCAGAAGCACUGACUGUUCCUCCAGAAACGACAACGAGGGUGCCUGAAGUCAAGAAAAUAGUAAAAGCUGCUAAUUCAAAUUCAAAAGAGGGAACCGAAGAAUCCACAUCAACAGAGUUACCUUCAAGCACUGUAGAAGCCUCUACUGGUUCGGUGGAAAAUUCCUAG